UGGCGUGGCGUAUGUGUGUGUAAACUCUGAGCGCCACUCUCUCGAUCUCUCCAUUCAAUCGGCCACCGUUAAAGGCCCCGUCCUCUUUUUUUCCUCUUUGCCUUGAAUAUCAUUUAUAUAUAUAUACACACAGUUUUAAUCUUUUACUGAACUAUCAAUCAAAACCAAAAAAAUACAUUUUAUAAUUUCUUCCGGGUUGGCUAAGAUCAUGGAUUCUGGGUUUUUCUCGAUUGGUUAAAUUUGAUUAUUAUAUAUGAAGCUGAACUGAAAAGGGUUGAACUUUUCUCAAGCCACAAGGAGGAGGAGAAGCAGAAGGCAACAGUUGGUUGAACUUUUCUGAGCUUGCUGAGCAGAAAAGGGUUAAGAAAUUAAACAAAAUGGUUGGCCUCUGGGCUGUGUUUUGUGGGGAAUCUGAUUGUUCAGCUGAUACAGGAAAGCCUUGUAGUUCCACCACCGAUUACAGGCUAGUGACACAACCUUCUUCUUGCAUCAACCAUGCCUUGAUCAUUGGUUUUGAUGUAUUGCUUCUGAUCGUGUUCUUAUUCAAUCUCAUUUCGAAGAAGUUAUCGAGUAAAUCUUCGUGUAUUCCACGGCGCUUCCAUGGCGCAACCCGGUUACAGAUCAUAUCCGCCAUCUUCAAUGGCGUUCUGGGAUUUUCAUACUUGUUCUUGGGCAUCUGGAUGCUGUUGAAGAAGAUAAGGUUGAGCCAGGCUGUUUUGCCUAUCCAUUGGUGGCUUCUAGCACUGUUCCAGGGCUUAACAUGGCUGCCAUUGGGCUUGACUGUGAGCCUGAGGGGCAAACACUUUCAGAAAGCUCCGAUCUGGAUUUUGUCUGUUCUUGCCUUCUUGUUAGCUGGAAUUGCUUGUGGGUUAUCCCUCUUUGCUGCCAUUUUUAUCAAGCAAGUCUCGAUAAAGGUAUCUCUGGAUGUACUGUCUUUCCUAGGAGCAACUCUGUUGUUGCUAUGUACUUACAGAGGCUUUAACUAUAAAGAAGAAGAUGAUGGGAUUCUUUACGCCCCUUUGAACGCCGAGGCCAAUGGCAGCAGCAAAAUUGAGUCUUCUGUGGCCAUUACUCCAUUUUCCGGAGCUGGCAUUUUGAGUAUAUUGUCCUUCUGGUGGCUGAACCCGGUGAUGCGGAGGGGCAGAGAGAAACCACUCGAGGAAGAAGACAUACCCAAAUUGCGGGAGGAAGAUCGAGCAAAGGCUUGUUACUCACGAUUCAUGAACCAAUUUAAUAAGAAAAAGCAGCUCCAUCCAUCGUCUCGACCAACAGUUUUGCGGACAAUAAUCUCAUGCCAUUGGAAGGAGAUCCUACUAUCUGGGUUCUUCGCUUUCUUAAAGGUCAUCACUCUCUCUGCCGGUCCAUUGCUUCUCAACGCCUUCAUUCGGGUUGCUGAAGGCCACGAAAGCUUCAAAAAUGAGGGUUAUGUGUUGGCCAUUUCACUGUUCGUGGCAAAGAACAUAGAGUCCGUGGCACAAAGGCAAUGGUACUUUCGAAGCCGGCUUAUCGGCCUCCAGGUGAGGUCUUUGCUAACAGCAGCCAUAUACAAGAAGCAACUGAGACUAUCCAAUGCUGCUAAGAUGAUGCACGCAGCUGGAGAGAUAACAAACUAUGUUACUGUGGAUGCCUACCGGAUCGGCGAAUUUCCCUUCUGGUUUCAUCAAACUUGGACGACCAGCCUCCAGCUCUGCUUUGCUGUCAUAAUCCUAUUCCAUGCAGUAGGGCUUGCUACAAUUGCAUCAUUGGUGGUCAUAAUUCUCACUGUUCUCUGCAAUACUCCUUUGGCUAAGCUUCAGCAUAAGUUCCAGACGAAGCUCAUGGUGGCACAAGACGAGCGCCUGAAGGUGAGUUCAGAGGCGCUCGUGAACAUGAAGGUGUUGAAACUAUAUGCUUGGGAAGGCCAUUUCAAGAGUGUCAUAGAAAGCUUGAGGAAGGCGGAAUAUAAAUGGUUAUCAGCAGUUCAGUUGCGGAAAGCAUAUAAUGGCCUUCUCUUCUGGUCGUCCCCUGUGCUGGUCUCGGCUGCUACUUUUGGGGCAUGCUACUUUCUCGGUGUGCCUUUGUAUGCCAGCAAUGUUUUUACAUUUGUGGCAACUUUACGCCUUGUGCAGGAUCCGGUUAGAUCCAUCCCUGAUGUAAUCGGGGUGGUCAUUCAAGCACAAGUUGCAUUCGCUAGGAUCGUGAAGUUCCUCGAGGCACCUGAACUGGAGAAUGCAAAUAUCCGACAAAAAUGGACACAAGGCACGAAAAGCCAAGCCAUUGUCAUCAAAUCUGCCAAUUUUUCAUGGGAAAAGAAUCAAUCAAAGCCUACCCUUAGAAAUAUUGAUUUAGAGGUUUUACCUGGUGAGAAGGUGGCUAUAUGUGGAGAGGUCGGCUCAGGCAAAUCAACUCUUCUGGCUGCAAUCCUCGGAGAAGUUCCAAAUACUCGGGGAACUAUUCAAGUUUGCGGUAAUAUCGCCUAUGUUUCUCAGUCAGCAUGGAUCCAAACUGGAACUAUCCGCGAGAACAUUUUAUUUGGAUCUACAAUGGAUGAUGAGAGAUACCAAGAAACAUUAGAGAAGUGUGCCUUGUUGAAGGAUCUUGAGCUGCUACCUUACGGAGAUCUCACUGAAAUAGGUGAAAGAGGAGUUAAUGUCAGUGGCGGCCAGAAGCAGCGGAUCCAACUUGCCCGGGCAUUGUAUCAGGAUGCUGAUAUAUAUCUCUUGGAUGAUCCGUUCAGUGCUGUUGAUGCGCAUACUGCCACAAGCCUAUUUAAUGAUUAUCUGAUGGACGCUCUUUCAAGCAAAACAGUCUUGCUUGUGACACACCAAGUUGAUUUUCUUCCUGCAUUCAAUUCUGUUCUGUUGAUGGCAGAUGGAGCAAUCCUGCAUGCUGCUCCUUAUCACCAGUUGCUGGCGUCAAGCCGAGAAUUUCAGGACCUAGUCAAUGCACACAAAGAGACUGCCGGCACUGAAAGGGUUGCCGAGGUAGCUUCUUCAAAGAACCAUGAAAAAUCUGGCAAAGAGAUUAGAAAGACUCGUACUGAGAAGAAAUCUGAAGCGCCUGGAGGCGAUCAAUUGAUUAAACGGGAGGAAAGAGAAGUAGGAGACAGAGGUUUUAAGCCUUACAUACAGUACCUAAGUCAGAACAAAGGCUUCAUAUAUUUCUCCAUUGCCGCUCUCUGCCACCUGGCAUUUGUGAUCAGCCAGAUAAUGCAGAACUCUUGGAUGGCCACUAAUGUCGAGAAUCCUCGUGUAGGCACAUUAAAAUUGAUCGCAGUUUACUUGGUGAUUGGUUUCAGUUCAACAAUAUUUUUGCUCUUUAGGUCUCUGCUUAUAGUUGCUUUGGGCAUGCAAUCGUCGAAAUCCUUGUUUUCACAGCUAUUAACCUCUCUUUUUCGCGCUCCCAUGUCAUUUUACGACUCCACACCUUUGGGAAGAAUACUGAGUCGGGUCUCAUCUGAUUUGAAUAUAGUUGAUCUUGAUGUUCCAUUUAGCUUUUUCUUCACCGUUGGGGCUACCACAAAUGCCUUUGCUAAUCUUGCAGUGUUAGCAGUUGUCACCUGGCAAGUCCUGUUUGUCUCCAUACCAAUGGUUUUUUUGGUUUUUAAACUGCAGGGAUACUACUUUGCAUCUGCAAAGGAACUGAUGCGGAUUAAUGGCACGACCAAGUCGCUGGUAGCAAACCAUCUUGCAGAAUCCAUAGCAGGAUCCAUGACAAUUCGAGCUUUCGAGGAGGAGGAUCGGUUUUUCAAAAAGAAUCUUGAGCUCAUCGACAUAAAUGCCAGUCCAUUCUUCCACAGCUUUGCAGCAAACGAGUGGCUGAUCCAGCGGCUUGAAGCAUUUAGUGCGGUCGUUCUCUCCUCGUCGGCCCUCUGCAUGGUUUUGCUUCCCCCCGGAACAUUCAGUUCUGGAUUCAUUGGAAUGGCUUUGUCUUAUGGCCUGUCAUUGAAUAUGUCCCUAGUUUUUUCAAUUCAAUUCCAGUGCACUCUAGCAAACUACAUUAUAUCUGUAGAAAGGCUCAACCAGUACAUGCACAUACCGAGCGAAGCUCCUGAAGUGAUAGAAAACAACCGUCCACCAGUCAACUGGCCAACUGUAGGCAAAGUGGAGAUUCAAGAUUUACAGAUCAGAUACAGGCCCGGUGCACCUAUGGUUCUUCGAGGCAUAACUUGCACGUUUGAAGGAGGGCACAAGAUUGGCAUUGUUGGAAGAACUGGCAGUGGGAAGACGACUCUGAUAGGGGCUCUGUUUAGGCUGGUUGAGCCAGCAGGAGGCAAGAUUGUAGUCGAUGGAAUGGACAUAUCCAAGCUUGGACUACACGAUUUGAGGAUGCGAUUUGGGAUUAUACCUCAAGAUCCUACUCUGUUCAAUGGAACAGUGAGAUACAAUUUGGACCCGUUAUCUCAGCAUAGUGAUCAAGAAAUAUGGGAGGUUCUUGGGAAGUGUCAACUUAGAGAGGCUGUUCAGGAAAAAGAAGAGGGCCUAGACUCUCUGGUUGUGGAAGAUGGUUCAAAUUGGAGCAUGGGGCAGAGGCAAUUGUUCUGUUUGGGGCGUGCCCUUUUGAGGAGAAGCAAGAUUCUGGUUCUCGACGAAGCGACAGCAUCGAUUGACAAUGCGACAGACCUGAUUUUACAGAGAACCAUCAGGACAGAGUUUGCUGAUAGCACUGUGAUCACAGUGGCUCACAGAAUACCCACUGUGAUGGAUUGCACAAUGGUUUUAGCCAUCAGCGAUGGGAAACUGGUAGAGUAUGAUGAGCCAAUGAAGUUGAUGAAGACAGAAGGCUCGCUGUUUGAACAACUGGUCAAGGAAUACUGGUCUCAUUCUCAGACUGCAGAAUCACAUUGAAGUUCGUUCUGACGUUUGCCAGCAUCGCACUUCAAUCCCAAUCCCAUCUUUGGCUGUGAAUCCAUGCCUGGAAAUUGGAUCUGGGUUAGAGAGAAAAAGAUGAUGUAACGACCCUAAAGUGGGUCUAGGUAUUUUAAUAUUUAACGUCAGUUUAAUGAUAUUUUAAAUGUGGAUUUAAGUAUUUUAAGUAUUUAAUGAUAAAUUGCUUUGAUGGCAUGAAAAUAA